AUGUGGGGUGCUUGCGGGUACGGGAACCUAUACAGCCAGGGGUACGGCGUGAACACGGCGGCGCUGAGCACUGCGCUAUUCAACGACGGGCUGAGCUGCGGGGCGUGUUUCGAGAUCAAGUGCGGCAACGACCCUAAAUGGUGCAACCCGGGCAACCCUUCCAUCUUCGUCACGGCCACAAACUUCUGCCCCCCCAACUUUGCCCUGCCCAACGACAAUGGCGGCUGGUGCAACCCUCCUCGUGCCCACUUCGACCUCGCCAUGCCCAUGUUCCUCAAGAUCGCCGAGUACCGCGCCGGAAUCGUCCCCGUCACUUUCCGCCGUGGGAAUUCCAUUUGCGUUCUUUUACACGCUUUGGAAAAAAGAACAAAAGGAUGUAAAGUAAAUCGACGGCCCGAGGGGUGUCGUUUACCCGAACGGAACCAACAGGUUGUGACAGCUUGGCUUUUGGACAAGGUGCUUGGGGCGCUCUCUUUGCGUAACCCAGCUUCGUGCCAACCCAAAACAGGGACACUCUUUUGCGCCCCAUUCUUAAUGGUUGGACGCAUAUACCCUUGUGAGAUCCUCUUAAUUCCCAACAUUAUCCGAAUCCGUCCAGGGUCCGUCCUGGUUGCCCGUCCGUUUCUCACAGAGCCGACCGAAAACGCGGUUAUUGGGGUGGGGAGUAGUUUGGUAAGUGACCCGGAAAAUCCGGAUUCGAAAUCCCAAGCCCGAGACAUUUGUCACCCAGUUCCAAGCGCCUGCGGGGUACCGUGCCGAAAGCAAGGAGGAAUCAGGUUCACGAUCAACGGCUUCAGAUACUUCAACCUGGUGUUGGUCACCAACGUGGCGGGCGCAGGGGAUAUCGUGAAGGUCAGCAUCAAGGGCACCAACACCCAGUGGAUGCGCAUGAGCCGCAACUGGGGGCAAAAUUGGCAAUCAAAUGCGAUCCUGGUGGGCCAGGCCCUCUCAUUCCGGGUCACCGGCAGCGACCGCCGCACCACCACCUCGUGGAACACGGCACCAUCCAAUUGGCAGUUUGGCCAGACCUACACCGGCCGAAACUUCCGGCGGGUGGGCGGUAGCGUAGGGGAGAAAUGUGAUAGGACUAGAAGAGCGGUGCUUUUGGCUUUUGUGUGGGGUGGGCUUGUUACAGCUCAAAGACCAAGGUUAAAGCUUGAAAGUGAAGAGGCUGAGGCGGCUGCAGGAUAUACACAAGGUGAAUGUAGCCCGCAGCUCUGGUGA